GCGCCUUCAGCCGAGUGGAGCAGGAGGCGCGGAGACGCUCCAGCCGUCCUGCCGUCCUCUGCGCGGGCCGGCCGUCCCUUCGGGGUCCCCGGGCCCCGGGCCCGCGGCUCUGGGGGGCGGGCGGGGACCCCUGGGGCCCGUCCGCCGCCAGGAAGGCCGAGGACGCCGCCCGCGGGGCGCCGAGGAGUGGCCGUGGUCCCCCGCGCCGCGCGCCCUGCCCCGGAAGCCGGGCCCCCGGCGGCGCGAUGGGGCCGGGACAGCCGGCGGGGCCGGGGCGCCCCACCUGCGGCGGCGCUGGUGGGCAGCGCCAUGUGGCGCUUGGAUCGCGCGGGGGCCGGGGGCUGGCGCUGGGAGCGCGCCGUCGGUGUGGACUGCAGCGCCCCGGAGCCGCGCUGCCUCUGGCUGCCCUACCUCCGUCACGGCGACCGCCACGCGCCCGGGUCGCGGUGGGCCAGGCUGCCGCUGGGCCCGAGAGAUGGGUGCGCUCCCGGGCGCCCCCUUCCCUGGCAGGGGCCCCGGACGCUGCUGCUGCACAAGAGCCCCCAGGACGGCUUUGGCUUCACCCUGCGCCACUUCAUCGUGUACCCGCCCGAGUCCGCCGUGCACUGCGGCCUGAAGGAGGAAGAGAAUGGAGGCCGCGGAGGAGGACCCUCCCCACGGCACCGCCUGGAGCCCAUGGACACCAUCUUCGUCAAGAAUGUGAAGGAUGAGGGCCCCGCCCACAGGGCGGGGCUUCGCACAGGAGACCGGCUGGUGAAGGUGAACGGGGAGAGCGUCAUUGGGAAGACCUACUCCCAGGUCAUAGCUCUGAUCCAGAACAGCGAUGACACUCUGGAGCUGUCCAUCAUGCCCAAGGAUGAGGACAUCCUCCAGCUGGCCUACUCCCAGGACGCCUACCUGAAGGGGAACGAGCCGUAUUCCGGAGAGGCCUGGAGCAUCCCAGAGCCGCCCCCAAUCUGCUACCCUCGGAAGACCUACGCCCCGCCAGCCCGGGUCUCCGCCUGGGCCGCGAUGGUGCCUGAGCCCCUCUCAGCACUGCCCAGUGACCCCCGGAGCCCCGCUGCCUGGAGCGACCCGGGAACCCGCAUCCCGUCCGCUGCCCGAGCCCAUUCGGACAACCCUCCCUCGGGGAUGAGCCAGCCCCGCCCCAGCCCUGGUGCCUUCCCCCGCCUUCCCUCGGAGCCCCGAACACCUCGUGCCUUCCCGGAGCCUGGCAGCCGGGUGCCCCCCAGCAGACUGGAGUGCCAGCAGGCCUUGUCGCACUGGCUGUCGAACCAGGUCCCCCGCAGGGCGGGGGAGAGACGGUGCCCCGCCAUGCCCCCUCGGGCCCGCAGUGCCUCCCAGGACCGGCUGGAGGACGUGACUACCCACCACCCAUGGCCCUGCUCCACCUCCCAGGGUGCCUUGAGCCAGCUGGGCCAGGAGGGCUGGCACCGGGCGCGCUCAGACGACUACCUGAGCCGGGCCACCCACUCAGCCGAGGCACUGGGGCCGGGGGCACUGGUGUCACCUCACUUCGAGCGCUGCGGCUGGGCUUCCCAGCAUCCAUCUGCCCGCACCCCCGCCUGCCCAUCCAGGGACCCACCCGGGCCCCAGGCCCCGCCCCUGCCUGGUCUGCAGGGCCUGGAUGACAUGGGGUACAUCGGGUACCGGAGCUACAGCCCAUCAUUCCAGCGUCGGACUGGCCUCCUGCACACACUCUCCUACCGGGACUCGCCCUUUGGGGGCCUCCCCACCUUCAACUUGGCCCAGUCCUCCGCACCGUUCCUACCAGAGGCCUCCGAGCCACCCAGGGUUAUCCAGCCAGAACCCAGCUCCCGGGCCCUGGAGCCUCCCGCCGAGGACCGUCGAGACGAGGUGGUCCUGAGGCAGAAGCCCCCAACAGGCCGCAAGGUCCCGCUGCCCGCUGCAAAGCAGAUGAACCGCGGGUUUGGUGACGAGUCCUCAGACCCAGAGACCGGUGGGCGAGCGGAACGCCUGGGCAGGAAGAUGGCCCCUCUGGCCACGACAGAAGACUCCCUGGCUUCCAUCCCCUUCAUUGAUGAGCCCACGAGCCCCAGCAUUGACCUCCAAGCCAAGCACGUCCCUGCCUCCGCUGUGGUCUCCAGUGCCAUGAACUCGGCUCCCGCCCUGGGCACCAGCCCAUCCUCCCCAACCUUCACCUUCGCCCUGGGGCGCCAUUACUCCCGGGACUGCAGCAGCAUCAAGGCCAGCCGCCGGCGCUCCUCCUACCUGUUGGCCAUCACCACGGAGCGCUCCAAGUCCUGCGACGAUGGACUCAAUGCCUUCCGGGACGAGGGCAAGGCGCUUCGGCGUCUGCCCAACCGAGUGCCCAGCUUGCGGAUGCUUCGCAGCUUCUUCACCGAUGGGUCCUUGGACAGCUGGGGCACUUCCGAGGAUGCUGACGCUGCUUCUAAGCGACACUCCACCUCUGACCUCUCGGACGCAACCUUCAGCGACAUCAGGAGGGAAGGCUGGUUGUCCUAUAAGCAGGUCCUCACCAAGAAGGGCAAGAAAGUGGGCGGCGGCCUGCGCCAGUGGAAGCGGGUGUACGCCGUGCUGCGGGCGCGCUCCCUCUCGCUGAGCAAGGAGCGGCGGGAGCCCGGGCCGGCAGCGGCGGGGGCGGCGGCCGUCGCAGGUGAGGACGAGGCGGCGCCCGUCUGCAUCGGCUCCUGCCUGGUGGACAUCUCCUACAGCGAGACCAAGAGGAGGCACGUGUUCCGGCUGACCACCGCUGACUUCUGUGAAUAUCUCUUUCAGGCUGAGGACCGGGAUGACAUGCUGGGCUGGAUCAGAGCUAUCCGAGAGCACAGCAGGGCCGAGGGCGAGGACCCCGGCUGUGCCAACCAAGCUCUGAUCAGCAAGAAGCUUAAUGAUUACCGAAAAGUGAGCCAUAGCUCUGGGCCCAAAGCUGACUCCUCCCCAAAAGGCUCUCGUGGCCUGGGGGGGCUCAAGUCUGAGUUCCUCAAACAGAGUGCGGUCCGUGGCAUCAGGACGCAAGACCAGCCCGCAGGGGGCAAGGAUGACAGUGGUGCUGCCCCCAAAAGUCCCUGGGGCAUUAACAUCAUCAAGAAGAAUAAGAAGGCAGCCCCCAGGGCGUUUGGGGUCCGGUUGGAGGAGUGCCAGCCGGCCACGGAGAACCAGCACGUCCCCCUGAUCGUGGCCGCAUGCUGUCGCAUCGUGGAGGCGCGAGGGCUGGAGUCCACGGGCAUUUACCGAGUGCCGGGCAACAACGCGGUGGUGUGCAGCCUGCAGGAGCAGCUGAACCGCGGUCCCAGUGACAUCAACCUGCAGGACGAGCGCUGGCAAGACCUCAAUGUGAUCAGCAGCCUGCUCAAGUCCUUCUUCCGAAAGCUGCCUGAACCUCUUUUCACUGAUGAUAAAUACAACGACUUCAUCGAAGCCAAUCGCAUUGAAGACUCGAGGGAGCGAAUGAAGACGCUGCGGAAGCUGAUCCGGGACCUCCCAGGACACUACUAUGAAACCCUGAAAUUCCUCGUGAGCCAUCUGAAGACCAUCGCUGACCACUCGGAGAAAAACAAGAUGGAGCCCCGGAACCUGGCCCUGGUCUUUGGGCCGACACUGGUGAGGACCUCUGAGGACAACAUGGCGGACAUGGUGACCCACAUGCCUGACCGGUACAAGAUCGUGGAGACGCUGAUCCAGCAUUCAGACUGGUUCUUCAGUGAUGACGAGGACAAGGGAGAGCGAACCCCCGUGGAUGACAAGGAGCCUCAGUCCGUGCCCAACAUUGAGUAUCUCCUGCCCAACAUUGGCAGGACAGUGCCCCCUGGCGACCCGGGCUCAGAUUCUACUACCUGUAGUUCAACCAAGUCCAAGGGCACGUGCGCCCCCAAGAAGGAGCCGUACACCCGGGAGAUGCUGGCGAUCUCCUUCAUCUCGGCUGUCAACCGCAAGAGGAAGAAGCGGCGGGAGGCCCGGGGGCUGGGCAGCAGCACGGACGACGACUCGGAGCAGGAGGCACACAAGCCCGGAGCGGUGACAACGGUGCCGGGUUCCCAGGACCAGCCAGAGGGGCAGCUACCGGGCGCCCCCGCCCCAGAAGCCUCCGGGCGUCUCAGCCCCCCUGCGCGGGAGGAGCGGCCGGCCGCGGACACGCGCUCCAUCGUCUCGGGCUACUCCACGCUGUCCACCAUGGACCGCAGUGUGUGCUCUGGCGCCGGCAGCAGGCGGGCGGGCGCUGGGGACGAGGCAGACGACGAGCGCAGUGAGCUGAGCCACGUGGAGACGGACACGGAGGGAGGCGCGGGGCCCGGGGGGCGCCUGGCGCGCCGGCCCUCCUUCACCUCGCACCAUCUGAUACCCUGCGACACACUAGCGCGGCGCCGCCUGGCCCGGAACCGCCAGGACGGCGAGGGCGCGGGGCGCGGCGGUCCCCGCGCCGCGGAGCCCUCCGGCUCGGCCUCGUCCAGCAGCCAGGAGUCGCUGCGCCCCCCAGUGGCCCCCGCGGUGGCAGCGCUGGGCGCAAAGCCCUCGCGCCUCGAGGCGCUGCGGCUGCGCCUGCGCGGCACCGCAGACGACAUGCUGGCAGUACGGCUUCGUCGGCCGCUGUCACCCGAGACGCGGCGGCGCCGGAGCAGCUGGCGCCGCCACACGGUGGUGGUACAGAGCCCUCUGACCGACCUCAACUUCAACGAGUGGAAGGAGCUGAGCGGAGGGAGCACCCAGGAUCCACCGGGCCCUCGUGCGCACAGUGACAACAAGGACUCUGGCCUCAGCAGCCUGGAGUCCACCAAGGCGCGGGCUCCGUCUUCCGCUGCCUCACUGCCGCCUGCGCCCGGGGACCCCGGGGCCCUGCAGAGCCAGCCCCCGCGUCGCUCGGCAGCCUCCCGCCUCCAUCAGUGUCUGUGACCAGCCCCUUUCCCUCCCCUCCCCACGCCACUCGCCUCCCACUCACAGUCCCUUGGGAAACAGGCAUCUCUUCUGGCUUGCACCCCCUCUCCUGCUGCUCCUGGCGCGCUGGGCGCCGAGGCCCUGUCUCCAGUUUAUGUGCUGGAAUUGAUAGGGGGUGGGCAGAAUGGGAAUGGGAGGGAGGGGACUAGUGGUAAGGAGAGGGGACAGGCUGCUGGGGGUCUGUGUCCCCUGGGUAGAUGACAAGAGUGGGCCCUUCUGUGUCUGCACUUAAAGACCCUGUUGGCUAUGGGGUGUGGAUAGGGAACCCCCUAGCCUCAGACUAAAGGAAAAGACACUGCGUGAUGCUGGUUCUUCGCUUCCUUCCUCUGCCCCCACCCCCAUUAGCGCCUCGCCUCUAGCUAACGGGUGUGGGGAUUUCGUUUGUACGUCUGGGGAGAGGAGGUGGAGUGGUGGUGUCCGCGGGAGCGGGCUGUGUAUGCAAGUGUGUGUAGUCACUGUGCAAAUGUGUUUCCAGUAGCAACCUCUGCCACCCCUGCUUCCUUUGUCUCUCCACCCCCGCGCCCACCAGGGCUCCCUGCCUGUGGCGCACACAGGGAUCCUUCCCUCCUGCUGAUUUUCAAAGCCAGAGAGUGGGGGUUGGGGCCACUCCACAGAGGCCGGGCUGAGCCUUUCACCAGGUUCCCUCCCCUAUCCACCUUUUGGCAAACUCGAAAUCAGCGGUCCCCAGCCUUUUUGGCACCAGGGACCGGUUUCAUGGAAGAAAAUUUUUCCACCGAUCGGGUUGGCGGGGCGGUGCAGGGGAGGAGACAGGAGGCGGAGCUCAGGGGUAACCAGACACUUGGCUAGCUUGCCCGCUGCUCACCUCCUGUUCUGCGGUCCUGUGCCUAACAGGCCACCGACCCGCGCCAGUACCCGGCGGUCCAGGGGUUGGAGACCCCUGCUCUAAAUCACCCUCCCUGCCCCCUGCGCUUUGACUACGGGAGCUGCCCAUCCCCCAGACAGUUUAGGGAGGGUCCAGUGUCCCCGCCCCCCAACUAGACCUCCCUUGCCACUCUUUGUUCUUGCAGGUGUGCCGGCUUCUUCCACAACUCGGGCACACCGCCCCCCCCCCCCCACACACACCUUCUGCGCUCGGUGGGUAAGGGGGGAGCAGGAAAGCAUCCUUGGUCUCAGCCUGCCUCUCUCUCUCUCUCUCUCUCUCUCUCUCUCUCUCUCUCCCUCACACACACACACACACACACACACACACACUGAUUUAUGGAGUCUGAGCUGGGCUAUUCCUUCAGGAAGAGCAAAACCCAGCCCCUCACCUCCCCCCACUGUAAAUAGACCUCCUGUCUCCAGGCCUCCCACGCUCGCCCUCACUCAUUCCAGGGACGCCCACGCGGGGCUGUGAGCCCCACUGCCACGUCUGUCAGUCCUCUUGAUUUAUGCAAAGAUUUGCUGUAAAGUAGAUUUCUCCUUUCCCCUCCCUUUUAUUGUAAAUAUUGUCUCUAAAUGUGUAACAUAUUAUAAAGAAUUUAUAAGGAUUUUUAAAGAUGUUUUGCUCAUUUAAAGUGUUGUAACAGUGUUGCAAAAGCCUCCGACCCCACGUCAGCAUGUCUCCUUCCACCGUGUCUCAGGCACAGCUCUCUAGGCGACGACUAAGAUACCCUGCUUCUGAAAAGUCCUGUCUUACAAGUAUAGUCUAUAUCUUGGAAAUAAAUGGCCUUCCUUGA